UCAUGGCGGAAAACCAGGAAAAGGUUGAUGUGUACAAGGUUCCGACGAUACAUGAACCAAGUGUUAAAGACCUAGCAAGCAUAGCGCAAAAUAAUGGUCUACAUUUUAGAGACGGAGAACUAGAGGAGCUACAAGGAUAUAUAUCACAGACACUGGUUAGACGAUACCAAACAGUGAACGACCUUAUUGCACCUACACUUCCCGUCAGAUAUCCCAGAACUCCUGGGUACAGACCGGAACCGGAAGACAACCUCUGCAACGCUUGGUAUUGGAAAUGUGACAUAAAAGGUGCCGCUGAAGGUAUUCUGAAAGGUAAAACUGUAGGAGUUAAGGACAACAAAUGUGUUGCUGGAGUGCCUAUGAUGAAUGGAUCAAGGGUCAUGGAAGGUUUUGUUCCCGAUAUAGAUGCUACUGUGAUAACAAAAGUCUUGGAUGCAGGAGGACGUAUUAUUGGAAAAACUAACUGUGAACAUUUAUGUUAUGGCGGUACUAGCUGGACUAAUGAUACUGGCCCAGCUUUAAAUCCCCAUGAUAAAUUCAGAGUUUCUGGAGGCUCGAGUUCAGGAUGUGCAGUGGCGGUCUGCAACGGCGAAGUGCACGUAGCCAUCGGUGCGGACCAAGGAGGAUCCAUUCGAAGUCCGGCAUCAUGGUGUGGUGUAGUUGGACUUAAACCCACUUGGGGGCUUGUACCUUACACUGGAGCUGUUGCUAUGGAAAUAACAAUUGACCAUUUCGGUCCGAUGGCGAGAAAUGCGUAUGACUGUGCACUUUUACUGGAGGUAAUGGCCGGUUACGACGAUGGGCUAGACCCGCGACAGCCGCGUGACUUACAGGUGCCCGAAUACACAGACUAUCUGGAUGGAAACAUAGAAGGUUGGAAAAUAGGCUUAUUAUCCGAGGGAUUCACCGGAUGUGACGAUGACGUACAGGCUGUUGUCCGAGGCGCAGCAGAAACCCUCGGGAAGGCGGGCGCAGUUGUCGAGGAUGUCUCCAUACCCUUGCAUACUCAUGGUAUAGCAAUUUGGCAACCGAUAAUGACGAAUGGAGCUUAUAGGUGUAUGUUUACAGGAAACGGCGUCGGUCAUCAUUACAAAGGGUACUAUGCGGAAUCUAUGAUGACAAAAUUGUCACAAGGAUAUAAAAUGGACGCGAGACAUUUGUCAGAACCUGUGAAGUCGGCUGUUCUUUUUGCAGAAUACAUCGAAAAGAACUAUGGCAACAGGUUUUAUGGACGAGCACAAAAACUUGAAUAUGAAACUAACGCAAGCUUAUGACGACGCUCUGUCAACUUAUGACGUCAUAGUGAUGCCGACGCUGCCUUUUACGUCACCUUUACUGCCUUCAAGCAAAUCUUCUA